AUGCGAUCUGGCACUUUCGGGUGCGUGAACAUUUCCGAUUCGAAGGCCACGAAGCCGAAUUUAAAGGGGUCUCAACGGCAGUUUGCAGACACAUCGUCCUCAGCAAUCGUGCUGGUAUGUUUGGCAGCGGCCGUGGUAACACACUCUGAUCCCGAACCACACAAUUAUCACCACUACCCCUACUACUACUACUAUUAUCACUAUCACAAUGUCAAACCACUGGAGGGCGAUGGGGUGGCCAGGCAUCCAGGUGGCGGCACCUCCUUCGUGGCUCCUCAAGUUCACGGCCUUACUAAACGCUCAACUGACCCCACGCCGGAAGCUAUCCCUGGUACUUAUAGUUACCAGGUAGUCCACCAUGGCCAUCCCCACGAUGGAUAUCACAAUGGCUUUCGCUACCUUUAUGAUAGCUAUCCCUACAACCACUACUAUGGUUAUCCUCACAGAUACCACAGUCACCACAAGAGCUCAGUCGAAUCUGAACCCGAACCUGAACCUUAUUACACCUAUCACGGACGCCCUCACUAUUAUAACAGAUACCCCAUCUACUACCCUUACUACGCCGGCUACCGUUACCGCUACAGAGGAUAA